CCAGCGUGCUUCACGCCGGUCGCUGUGGCUGGGCCUGGGGCGUUACGAGGUUUUUUUACCUUUUUUACCGUACGUAGGUCGGACCUAGCACUCGGGUCCCCGUCGCGGCGGCAAGAUGGUGAAGCCCAAGUACAAAGGACGGAGCACCAUCAACCCGUCGAAGGCCAGCACAAACCCCGAUCGAGUACAGGGAGCAGGAGGCCAAAACAUGAGGGACCGGGCCACCAUCCGGCGCCUGAAUAUGUACAGGCAGAAGGAGCGCAGGAACAGUCGUGGUAAAGUGAUUAAGCCUCUGCAAUAUCAAUCAACAGUGGCUUCUGGCACAGUGGCGAGAGUGGAGCCAAACAUUAAAUGGUUUGGAAACACACGUGUGAUUAAGCAGUCAUCAUUACAAAAAUUUCAAGAGGAAAUGGAUGCAGUUAUGAAGGAUCCUUACAAAGUUGUCAUGAAGCAAAGCAAGUUACCCAUGUCUCUUCUCCAUGAUCGGAUCCGGCCUCACAACUCAAAGGUUCACAUUCUUGAUACUGAAAGCUUUGAAACUACAUUUGGCCCUAAGUCACAGAGGAAGCGACCAAAUUUAUUUGUGAGUGACAUGCAGUCUCUUGUAGAAAAUGCGGAAAUGUCCACUGAGUGCUAUGACCAAGGCAAGGACCGUGACUUGGUGACUGAAGACACUGGUGUGAGAAAUGAAGCCCAAGAAGAGAUCUAUAAAAAGGGACAGUCCAAAAGAAUAUGGGGUGAGCUCUACAAGGUGAUAGACUCAUCAGACGUUGUGGUACAGGUUCUUGAUGCUAGAGAUCCAAUGGGUACCCGUUCCCCUCACAUCGAGACUUACUUGAAAAAGGAAAAACCCUGGAAACACCUCAUUUUUGUUCUGAACAAAUGUGACCUUGUUCCAACCUGGGCAACAAAACGAUGGGUGGCGGUCCUCUCCCAGGAUUAUCCGACACUUGCUUUCCAUGCAAGUCUCACUAACCCCUUUGGCAAAGGAGCAUUUAUUCAGCUUCUCCGGCAGUUUGGAAAGUUGCACACUGAUAAGAAACAGAUCAGUGUCGGGUUCAUUGGCUAUCCAAAUGUUGGCAAGAGCUCUGUGAUAAACACCUUGCGCUCCAAGAAAGUUUGCAGUGUGGCCCCCAUUGCAGGUGAAACCAAGGUCUGGCAGUAUAUUACCUUGAUGCGUCGGAUAUUCCUCAUUGACUGCCCAGGUGUGGUUUACCCCUCUGAGGACUCGGAGACGGACAUUGUGCUAAAAGGCGUUGUUCAAGUUGAAAAAAUUAAGACUCCUGAAGACCACAUUGGUGCUGUCCUUGAAAGAGCGAAGCCAGAAUAUAUCAGCAAGACAUACAAGAUUGACGCUUGGGAGAAUGCUGAGGACUUUCUGGAGAAGCUAGCUUUCCGGACUGGGAAGUUACUGAAGGGCGGAGAGCCCGACUUGCGGACCGUGGGUAAGAUGGUUCUCAAUGACUGGCAGCGGGGCCGGAUUCCUUUCUUUGUCAAGCCACCCAGUGCAGAGCCGCCUGCAGCCCCCCAGCUUCCAUCCUCCUCAUCUUUGGAAGUUGCCACAGAAGCAACGCAGAACAACCCAGGAGAGGAAAUGACAGAAACUGUAGGUGAAGAGUCAGAGUCUGUCGCUGAGAAGGAGAGAGAAGAGCAGGGCCACUGUGACGCUGAUUCAGAAAUGCAGCAGAUUGUGGCACGGGUUCGACAGAACUUCGGCAAAAUCAAUGUCGUGCCUCAGUUUUCUGGGGAUGACCUGGUUCCUUUGGAGAUGUCAGAUAUUGAGGAAGAGCUGGAGAGCUGUUCUGCAGAGGAGGAGGAGGGGGAGGAGCCUGAGCACCACGGAGACGAGGGGGAGGAGUCUUACCCCGAGUCCCAGGAAGAACACGAGGGAAACGACACCAAGGCGGUUAUUAAAGCCCUGGAUGAAAAGAUCGCUAAAUAUCAGAAGUUUUUAAACAAAGCCAAAGCUAAAAAGUUUUCAGCAGUCAGAAUAUCCAAGGGACUAACUGAAAAGGUUUUUGCAAAACCUGAAGAACAAAGGAGAACACCUGAAGAUGUAGAAGAUAGAGCACCUACCAAAAAGGGAAAGAAGAGGAAGGCCCAGAGGGAAGAGGAGCAUUCAAAUAAAAGUCGCAGGAUGCUCACAUCUAAGGAACGGAGGCGAGCAGCACGGCAGCAACAGUCUAGAAAAGUUGGUGUACGCUACUAUGAGACACACAACGUGAAAAAUAGGAACAGAAACAAAAAGAAGACCAAUGACUCAGAGGGGCAGAAACACAAACACAAAAAAUUCAAACAUAAGCAGUAACAUCUAAAAAAUUGUUUAUUAAAUUAUACAAAAAUA